AUCUGACCACAGCGAUGUUCCUCGGCUCAGCGACCCAGUUCACGGCAAAGUGUCUUGCACGUAGCUCCGUUACCCCAGACCUAACCCGAGCUCCUCCACAUUUAAAGCCCCAGUCGGGCCCAUGAUGGCCGAUUCUGUCCUAGAUCAAGACAUCUGAAAAUAAAUUUAUACCUAUGCGAUGCCUUCCCCCGCAUAUUCCAGCCCCUUUCGCAUCGUUGACCAUGUGGUCCAGUGUCAGCAUAUUCGGGAAUAUCCCGCGGCGAUGUCCAACGAACAGGAAGAUGAAUUACAUUUAGCCGUGAAGCAGUAUAUUCCUCUAGAUAACCUAAAUCCCCGCCCGGGCGAUGUCACUAUUCUUGCAGCGCAUGCCAAUGGUUUCCCUAAGGAACUCUAUGAACCACUCUGGGAAGAACUACAUGCCCGGUCUAAGGACAAUGGCUUUCGUAUCCGAAGUAUUUGGAUAACAGACGUCGCGCAUCAAGGGCAAAGCCAUGUAAUCAACGAGAGUCUCUUAGGAAAUGACCCUAGCUGGUUUGAUCAUCCGAGAGACCUACUUCACCUCGUCAACGUAAAGCGCAAGGAAAUGCCUCGUCCGAUCGUCGGAAUAGGUCAUAGCAUGGGCGGCGCACACCUUGCGAAACUAUGCCUGAUGCAUCCUCGGCUCAUCCAUACGCUUGUUCUACUAGAUCCUGUAAUCCAACGCCAAACGACACAAUUAGAUCCCUUAUCGAGCGACAAUGGAAAAAUGGUCAUAACCAAAACCACCCAACUAUCCACUUAUCGACGUGACCUUUGGCCUUCCCGCAAGGCUGCUGCGGAUAGUUUUAAACGAAGUCCGUUCUACCAAGCCUGGGACCCCCGCGUUCUCGACCUCUGGAUUCAAUACGGCCUGCGGGAGCUUCCCACAGCUGUCCAUCAACUUCCCAACGAAGCAUCCAAGGAAGGCGAACAACCUGUCACCCUAACAACACCCCUUCACCAGGAAGUGUUCACCUUCUCACGUCCCAACUACGAUGGGCCCCCGGGCAAAGAUGUACCGCUAAAUCGAGUGACUCAUCCCGACCUCGACCCCAACCAUGAGGGAUCCUUUCCAUUCUACCGCCCUGAGCCAUCGCGUAUAUUCGGAGAAAUCCCACACCUCCGACCUAGCGUUCUGUACAUAUUCGGCGGCAAAUCCGACAUGUGUCAUCCCGCGAUGAUGGCUGAUAAGCUGGCCAACACCGGUGUAGGGGUGGGUGGUAGCGGCGGGGUAGCUGCUGGUAGAGUGCGCGACGUCUAUCUUGAGGAAUUCGGACAUCUUCUUGCUCAGGAAGCACCCACUCAAUGCGGCGAAGCGGCCAGCAAAUGGUUGGGUCAGGAACUGCAGCGGUGGCGAGAGGAAGACCAGGCUUUCCGCGAGCAGUGGAGUCGAAAAUCGAAACUCGAGAAAAUCACGAUUGAUUCGCGCUGGAAGGAGCACGUCCCAGCCCCAGUGAGGGCUAAGGGUCCUUCCAAGCCAAAACUAUGAUAGAACAACCGCAGAUUCGACAUAUCGCUUAUAGAAGUUACUGUGAGAUAUAAUACGAUCUUCAUUUACCUCAUGCUGUCCUCUAUGGUAAGGUCUUGGUCAGGCUAAAACUAAUGUCUAUAACGAAUAAUCAAAGAACAUCGAUCCUAGGAUAACAGCUCGGCCACCGCGCCUUCUGGCCACGGCGCUCGCUCAAAACGUAGCUGGAAUAUA